AUGUCGAAUGAUAUCGACUACGAGAAGCCGAGUGCGAGUCGUGAGGAUGACUCCAAGGAUUACGAAAGAGACGGCGCAGCCGAUAGUGUCAAUUUGAAUCAAAACGUCGAAGCAAAAAUCAAGAAUCCCCUCGCUGGACUUUCCCGGGAAGCUCUCUUUGCAGACGUCGACAGAUUCGCCACAGAAAAUGAUCUCGAAGAUAUCAAAGAUGAUUUACGAAAGGGUGCUCUAGUCGCCCAGGAUCCUGGGAAUUAUGAACAACUUGUGGAACUAGAUGAUGUGGAGAGACAGGUUCUGAAGGAUGAGGCGGAGCAUAUCUAUAAACAGCCUAUGUCGCUGUAUAUCUCCAUCAUCGUUUGUUCCAUUGGUGCAGCCGUACAAGGAUGGGAUCAGACUGGAUCCAACGGCGCCAAUCUUUCGUUCCCGAAGGAGUUCGGUAUCUGGGUUGAUCCAGAUAACCCGUCGCCCGACGACGAUAAAAAUCAAUGGAUUCUGGGUCUCGUAAACUCUGCGCCGUAUAUCGGCAGCGCUUUCAUUGGUUGUUGGCUUUCCGAUCCUCUAAAUAACUUAUUCGGACGUCGUGGGACUAUUUUCUUCUCAGCAAACUUUUGUCUUUGGCCUGCCAUUGGUUCUGGGUUUACGAAAAACUGGUAUGAACUGUUCAUUUGUCGUAUUCUUCUCGGUAUUGGGAUGGGAUCGAAGGGCUCUACGGUCCCUGUCUUUGCUGCUGAGAAUUCACCGGCUGCUAUUCGUGGUUCUUUGGUUAUGACGUUGACGGAGAUCGCGAAACUAACGAAUCGAGUAGCAAUUAUGGACGGCAUUUGGGGAACUUGCGCCAAUUUAGCGGUCGUGGAUACUGGCAAGAUUGCAUGGCGUCUACAACUCGGCUCUGCGUUCAUCCCAGCCGUUCCAUUACUUCUCGGUAUCUACUUCUGUCCUGAAUCGCCGCGUUGGUAUAUUAAGAAGAGACGCUAUAAAGAAGCUUUCAAGAGUCUUCUCCGACUUCGAAACCAUCGUAUUCAAGCUGCUCGCGAUCUAUACUACAUCAAUGCUCAAAUUAGUGUCGAACACAAGGUUAUGGGACAAUCCACUUAUCUUUCCAGAUUCAUUGACCUCUUCAGAGUUCCACGUAUUAGACGUGCGACUUUGGCAGCUGGUAUUGUCAUGUUGGCGCAGCAAAUGUGCGGCAUUAACAUCAUGGCAUUCUAUUCAUCUUCUAUCUUUGAGGCUGCCGGUGCAUCCCCGAAAGAGUCGUUGAUUGCUUCCAUGGGCUUUGGGUUGAUUAAUUUCUUGUUCGCAUGGCCUGCCGUGUUUACAAUCGAUACUUAUGGACGUCGGUCCCUUCUGUUGUUUACAUUCCCACAGAUGGCUUGGACGUUGCUAGCCGCUGGUUUCUGCUUCUAUAUCCCAGAAUCGAGUACAGCGCACAUCGCCCUCAUAGCUUUGUUCGUCUACAUCUUUACAGCAUUUUACUCGGCAGGAGAAGGUCCCGUUCCCUUCGCAUACUCCGCUGAAGUCUUUCCACUCUCUCACAGAGAGGUCGGAAUGUCAUACGCCGUCACAGUCUGUCUAUUCUUCGCCGCCGUUCUGGCAAUGACUUGGCCAAGAAUGUUAGGAGCAAUGACCCCCACCGGUGCCUUUGGGUUCUACGCAGCAUUAAACGUCGUUGCUUUCUUCCUUAUCUUUUGCUUCUUACCUGAGACUAAGCAGAGAACCUUGGAGGAGUUGGAUUAUAUCUUCGGUGUACCAACCCAUAAAUUUACGAAAUACCAGUGGACCCAAGCACUACCCUAUUGGAUUAAAAAGAAUAUAAUGCGAAAGAAGGAUGUAGAACUUAAAUCGCUUUACCAAUUCGAUGAAUCGGUACUUUCGUCUGUGGAGCAGAGACGAAAGGAGUCGCAGGCUAGGCGGAGGUCUAGUACUACUAGUGCGGCGAGAAGGCAGUCGAUGACGAAGGGUAGUGAGUUUGUGGAUACUGGGAAUACAGGUGUUGGAGGUAGCGGUGGUGGUACCGGUGCGGCUUGA